AUGGAUUUUCUGGCGGAUUUUAUCAAGGCUCAGAAGAUCAAGGGGCCCCAGAUGAAAGAUGCCCCAACCUUCUACCGCAACCUCGAGGAGGCUUUGGACCUCCGGCGAUCCGAUCAUGGCAUGUUCACCAACGGUCUGAAAAGUCCCUGGAAGUCAGGCAAGGCCGUUGACUUUUGCUCCAACGAUCUUCUGUCCCUGGGAAAGACGGGACUGCUUCGCAAGGAGUUCCUCAACGAGCUGGGCCGUAACCCCGACUUCCCCAUUUAUGCAGGAGGUUCGCGCCUGGUGGAUGGGAACUACGAUUAUAUUGAACAAGUUGAGCAGGAAAUUGCCGCCUUCCACGGCGCUGAGAUGUCACUCAUUGUCGGCUCCGGUUUCGAGGCUAACAAUGCCAUCUACUCGGCAAUCCCACGUCCCGGCGACGCCAUAGUCUACGACGAGCUCGUCCACGCCAGCGUCCAUGACGGCAUGACGCACUCGCUGGCCUUGACCAAGGUUGCCUUCCGCCAUAACGAUGUCGACGCCUUGAGAGAUGCGCUAGUAGAUCUUGUGGACUCACAGCCCUUGAUCAAGGACGGCUCGCGCACGGUUCUUAUAUCCGUCGAGUCCGUGUACAGCAUGGAUGGUGACGUUUGCCCUCUACGCGAGAUGCUCGAGAUUUCCCGGGAAGUGUGCCCCAGGAAGAAUUUUGCCUUUAUUGUCGACGAAGCCCAUGCUACGGGGAUAAUUGGCCCCAAGGGCGUAGGACUUGUCAGUCUCUUAGGUCUCGAGAAGGAGAUUGCCAUUCGACUCCAUACAUAUGGAAAGGCUUUGGCCUCAACAGGAGCCGCCAUUUUGAGCAACGGAACGGUUCGAACGGCUCUGCUCAACUUUGCCCGCUCCGUCAUCUACACCACUGGCCCUUCCUUUCCUUCGGUUGCAUGUAUUCGAGCAGCCUACAACUUGAUGCGCAACGGAGAAACGACAAAGUUACAAAACAGCAUCCAGCAUCUCGUGAAGCACUUUUUCGAAACCAUCACGUCGAACCCUGUGUGGGAAAAAGCCAGCGAGAUGGGGAUUCUGGCCAUCCCUCUGGUCGACGAUUGGGAAGGACGCGAGUUCCAGACGCACAUUGUACCCCUCUGGACACGGCAACGGUAUAACUGGUGGCUCGUAUUCCAUCUGCACUUGGCGGGAAUUUCGGCCGUCCCCAUUGACUACCCCACGGUUCCAAAGGGCCAGAGCAGGAUUCGGAUCAUGGUUCACAGCGCCAACACGGAGGCCGAGGUCGAGUUUCUUGCCAGCACCAUAUGUGAAUGGGCACAAGAGAUGAUUGGCAUUGAGGAGUCGGGGGAGGUCAAGGGAAAGACGCCCAGAGCCGCUCAGAAAAUCUACGCCUUGAUGGCUGCUGCUGGCGCUUGA